AUGGCAACUGCAAUAAUGGAUGUUCUUCAAGAAUUUGACUUGACCAAAAAAACCUUGGCAUUAAUUACAGACAAUGCCUCAUCAAUGAUUGGAUGUGCUAACUAUAUGGCUGAAGAACUCAAAUUAGAUUUUAAUAAUCUUAUAUUUGCUCAUUAUCGGUGUGCGGCUCAUGUUUUGAACCUUGCAGUCAAUCAAGGAAUGGAAUUCAUCGAUGAAUCAAUUUUGAAAGUUCGAUCACUAAUGUCAUAUUUGAAAGCUUCUUCAACAACAAAUGCAGAAUUGAAAGUUUUGUGUGAUAUAAAAAAUAUCAAGUAUUUGGCACCAGAAUUGGACAUUAAAAUGCAAUGGAACUCUACAUACUAUAUGUUAGAUAAAUGGCAAAAGAUGGAACCAGCCAUAAAUAUGCUUGCCAUGAAUAAUCGAAUUAUAUAA